CGGCUAAUCCGGAUGACGCAACCGUUCCCUGCAGCAAUCGACAGCCUUUCGGCUCCGCAUUUCUAAACAUCCAACGACAUGUUGACAAAUCAUUAACCUAUGACCAAGGUAUAUUAAUCAAUACAUGAACAUAUAAAACACAAUCCCAUUCUUCAAAACCACAAUGGCAUCCAAGCUCAUCGCCAUUGUCGCCGGUGUUGGUCCCGGCACUGGUGCUGCAGUUGCAAAGAAAUUCGCAGCAUCAUACCCUGUCGUCCUCCUCGCUCGUAAUCCCGACAGCUAUGAGCCUCUCGCAAAAGAGAUCAACGGCGGCGGCGGCAAGGCCAUCGGUAUCAGCACUGACAUCUCCAACUCACAAAGUGUGAAGGAUGCAUUUGCCAAGAUCGAGCAAGAAUUCGGCAAGGACGUGGCUGCUGCCGCCAUCUUCAACGCCAGUGGCCGUUUUCAACGCAAGCCAUUCCUCGAGCUCACCGAGGAAGACUUCAACGUCGGGCUAGAUGUUAGCGCGAAAGGAGCAUUCUUAUUCUCCCAAGCCACGCUGCCACUCUUGCAGAAGGGCAAAGCUAGCUCGCAGCACCCACCAAGUCUGAUCUUCACAGGCGCAACGGCGUCCGUAAAGGGGUCGGCGCAGAUGUCUUCGUUUGCCACGGGGAAGUUCGCUCUGCGAGCGCUGACGCAGAGUCUCGCGCGCGAGUUUGGACCGCAGGGGAUUCAUGUUAGCCACGCGAUUAUUGAUGGGGUGAUUGACAUUCCACGGACAAAGGAGUGGAUGAAGGACGCUGGGCCCGAGGCCAAAAUCUCGGCUGAUGGGAUUGCGGAUGCGUACUGGCACUUGCACACGCAACCGAGGACGACCUUCACUUGGGAGAUCGACAUUAGACCAGCUGUUGAGAAGUGGUAAGUUUGAACAUAUAGUUGAUCAUCGGAAGUAGUCACGAUUGUAUGUAGUAGAGGCUUUGCAUAUAAUCGAGCCUACAUUUCUCUUCAGGCUUUUACGCCGUGAUAAUAGGAACUGGAAGGCUAGAUGUUCAACAAUCAUCCACGUACAAAACAAAUGCAAAGUGUAGUAUGGGCACACAGGUUCCACUCCUAAUCUGAAGCAAUGAUAACUGAGUAGUUCGGCUUAUAGGUAAUAGGAAUAUGAGCAUAGAGAUGGCCUCCAUGAAGCCAUACAUACACAAGGUUUGCCAAACUCCCGGA